AUUUCAAAAUUAUCAACGACAAGUUUGAAAGCUUCAAGGAAACCUUGAAUUGAAAUUGAAAUCAAUAAACUGAUGAUACAAAUUAUUCAUAUUCGAUCGGAAAACAAUUGACAAAAGCAAUGAUGAACCUCUUUGACAUUAUUCACAAACGAUUCUAAGAUUACAACCAAUUAGAAAAGGUAAUGGAAGUACUUAGUUUCAAAAGCCACCAAAGUCUUUAGCUAAUCGAAAAAAAACACACCAACAACUCACCAACGUAUCGCAUCAAGGAUCAGCAAAGAGCCGAAAGUAUUAUUAAUACUCUUAGUGAUGCAAUGUUGAUCGAAAUCAAUCAAUAAAAGUAAUGGAGCUAGUUCGUCUAAAGAGUCUUUAACAAAAAACCCUUCUCACCAACAACUCACCAACACCCCAAAGCCCCAAACCAAACCAGAGAAGAUGGAGCGAAUGUGGCGAAAGGUAAACCAUAGUCUGCGUAACACCAACAAAUCCCAGGGCCAUCAGCAACCACAACAACUGCUCCAGCAGCAGCCUGGAGGCGAUGGGGUCAUCGUUGGUGGCACCGCAGCCACUCCCCAGUCCACCGAUACCAUCAGUUCGGCGGGUGGCUUUGGCGAUGGCCAGCUGGUGGUUGCAGUCCAGGGACUAGCCUCCGGCGGAACAUCUGGUGCCAUCACUGCCACCGGUGGCUGCAAUGCCACCGGCAGACGUCUAGCCAGCAGCGGAGGUGGCGGCAGUUGCCACAAAUCCCUCAGCCAACAUGUCCUUCAAACGCGCACCGCAUCCUCGGAGCGGCGAAGGCGUCGCCGAAGGAAGAGUAGACCGCGUCGCGGUGGCGGUAUGGGAGCGGUUACCAGUUGCGUUGGCGAUCCAGGCGGUGAUAAUAUGUCCUCCUCUGGUGGCUUCUAUACCCUGAAGGACCACCAUCAGCACCACUAUCGACCCAGUCACCAUCAUGGCGGUGGCAUUAUAGGCGGUGGUGGUGGCUCAUCGAGGCGCCUGUUUGCCACCUCGGCGCCCAGUGGCACUGUGAUGAUGUAUCCAAAUUCCCAGCGAGCAACGCUUCUAGCAGCCGCUGGAGGAUCUGGUGCCGGUCAGGCAUCUACCUCGGGUGCAGGAGGAGGAGGUGGAGCAGGAGGAGGAGGAACAGGAGGUGGUGGAGGAGCUGGAACCGGAUCUGGAGGACAGCCGGACAUCUCGCUGCGACAGCGGGCGGUGGCCAAGUUACGAAUGUUCAACUUCCAUUUGAACUGGGAUCUGCACAUGACGCACUGCAAGCCCUGCGGACCUCGACUGAGUGGCAGUGGUGGCAAUAUAAUUACCCGCCGUCUGUGUCGAAACCGUCGGCGGGAGGACAAUGAGCUGUACCGCUCCAACAGCUUCAAGUUCGAGCGUUUCGAGCGGAAGGAGUGCCUCGAGGAGCUGUCCAACACGUUGCAGAAACAGAUUGCCAUCUGUGAUGAUUACAGCCUGCCCGUAGACUUUGUUAAAAAACGACCGUCCAGCUUUGAUCCGUGCCUGGCGGAGGCGAUACCAGCGAAUCCCGAGCACUGGAUAGCCCCCAGUCCGCAAGCCGAGUUUCUACCAUUUGGCGAAGCCCAACAAGCGGGGCAACAACCAACUGCAACAGCAGCAGUUGCAGCGGUAGCAUCAGCAGCAACAUCAACAACCACAGCAGCUGGGGCAGCAGCAGCACCACCACCGCCCCCCGUAGCAGCUGCAACUGCAACAGCGACUGCAACAUUGAACAACAACAACAACAGCUGUGGCAACACACAUACACAGCCCAACGCACACAAUCAUCAUCAGCAGAACAACAACAAUACCUUGCCAGUGGGUGGCGCACAACACCAGCUGUUACAGCAACAGCAACAGCAGCAGCAACAGCAGCAGCAGCAGCAACACCUGCAGCAACGUGCAACUCUGCAACAUCCGCCGCUGCCCAAUAGCAACAUCAAGCAGGCAUCGGUGAAGCUAAUCGAAGGAUAUUCAGAUCCCAAGGACACGCGCAGCCACAAGAAGGUCUACCACAAGAAGGCCAAGAGACGCAGCCAGCCGGGUCAUAAGCGACAUCAUCAGCAACAGCAGCAGCAGCAGUUGCAACACUUGCAGCAACAAUCGCUGCCGCAGCCACAGACAUUGCCCACGCCCAGGAGUGCGGGGCAGCAGCAGCAGCAGCAACUGCAACAGCAGCAGAGGCACUCCACCUACAACAACAACAACGGCAACUUGCGAAGAGAUAAACGCAACAGUCAAUAUAAUUCAGAUUCUUCGGCACCCAAGUCUUCCGACGACGAGGCGGACAUAGACGAGGAGGUCGAGCAGCAGCCACCUUUACCAGUGCCGCCAAGCGCCGUCACCUCCACCGCCGCUGCACAGGCUCCGCAGACGGGACACGGUCUCAACUCACCAGAUUCCAUAUCCGAUGACCUGGUGCGUCCCCUGCCGCCACAACUCCAGCGAAGUCCACGCAAACUGACCGUUGCCCCCGCCGAGCACAGCAAGCGCCAGCCGUCGCCCUACUACUACUCCGAUCUUCUGAAGAGUCGCGACAAGGACAAGGAGCGGGACAAGGACAAGGAGGAGAUCAAGCUCAAGUGCCGCCAGUCGACGGCCAGUGAGCCGCCGCUACAGCAGCCGCACCAGCAGCCGACGGUUGGCUAUCGCAAGAGCUCCAGCUUGGAUGUGCCCCAGGCCGAGGAGCAGCAACAGCAGCAGCCAGUACAGGAUAGCCAAGGAGAGGAGGAACAGCUGCAGCAACAUCCCGAUCUUGAGCUUGCCGAGCAGCCAGAAGAUCAGGACACCGAACCCCGUCCCGACUCACAGUCAACGCCCAAGCGUUACAGCUUCACCGAGGAGGGAGUGCACAUCAUUCGCUGCGAGACUCCGAGCACCAGCACCUCCGAGGAAUCGGACUGCAGUGAGUGCCUCAAGCGACGCGAGUGGCACGCUCGGGCCUUGGCCCUCGUCCGCAAGACCUGCAACGUUCAGCCGCGGAAUCUACAGAAUCCCACCACUGGCAGUGAGCUUCAGCUCCAGCUGCAGCACUGCGACGCCGGCGAGGGUGAGCUGCUCAAGUGCUGCCCCCCACCAGCACAGUCAUUAGCUUCGCUACCACAACCAUUACCACUACCACUGCCACUACCGCUGGGAGCUGAGGCCAGUGUCCAGCCGAUGCCACCGCACCGCCUGCUGGGACUGGGACCAGCAGCCGUGUGCGGAGCUUGCAUAACAUCCGCCUCUGCUUUAUCCAAGGCAAACGCCUCCGCCUCCGGCGGCCGGGGGCCCGAGCCCGGCGAUGAGCUGGAGGAGGAGUACUUCCGGCCGCGCAGCAUCUUCUAUGUGCAUCCGCAUGGCGUCCAUGAGUGUGCCGAGUGCGCCCAGCCUCCAGCGCCACCAGCAACUAACGCUACCGUUACCGCUUCCGCUCCAGCCACGGCUUCGGCUCCAUCGUUGAGCAUACCGUCGCAGUCGGUGAAUACGCUCGAUCUUUACGGCGACGACGAGCGUGAAGAGGACGACGACGAGGAGGAGGAGGACGAAGACGACUCCGAGGAGGACGACGACGACUCCGAGGACAUCAUGGGCAGCCGGCGGCGUCAGAUAUACGAGACCGCCUUCGACUGCAAGAUAGCCAAGUCGGAUGACGAUCUGGAUGAGGUGGAUCGCAUCACCAAUCACUCGGUGCUGCUGCAGCUGAGCAAUGGCAAUGGCGAUGCCAUGGCUAUACCCACCACAAGCAACACCACCACCACCACCAUCACCACCACCAGCAAGGCGGCCAAGUCGGCCCGCAAUGAGUGCAAGCGGGCCAAGAACAGCAAGAACCAGGCGCUCCAAGAGCAGACGGGCGAGGCCCAUGUCCAGGUGCAUCAGGUCCAGGUGGAGCUGGGCAAGCUGCAGCUCAGCCAGGUGGAUCAGCAGAAUCAGAACCAAAAUCGAAGCACCGGCAGUGGAUCAACGGAGCCAGCUGGAACCACUGGCAGUGGAGGAGGAGUUGGAGUAAGUGCCACAAGCACUCAGCAGCUGCCGGUGCGCGGCUAUACACCAUCUCCACCAUCGACGGCACCGCUCCCGAUGAAGUUUCCCGGCAAACACGAACGCUACCUGAACAUGAAUAGCAUUCGGAGUGCUCCCAAUUUGCCGGCUGCAAAUCCGGCGCAUCCACGUCUUCGGGAUCUUCGCCUGCCCAUCCAAUCCAUGCGGCAACAGCAGCAACUCUGCACGGGCAGCAGCAAUGACAACAGCCUCACCGACAGCGCCUACGUGAAUCCGCCCUCGACCAAUUCCAAUUCGAAUGCGGCCUCCGUUUCCGCCUCUGCCUCCGUUUCCGUUUCCGCCUCCGCUUCGGCAUCCGCUGCGGGAGCAGGAGGAGGCGGAGGAGUGACGGGAGCUGCCCGCCGGCCGCGCUCUUUUGUGCUGGAAUCUGGACGAGUACUUGAACUGCGACGCAGUGGCGGUGGUGGAGGUGGAGGCCAUCAUCAGUCGGGUGGCCAGACAUCCGGCCAGCGGCAGCAUCAUCAUCACCAUCACCAUCAUCAUGCCGGAGGAGCUGGAGCCGGAGCAGCAGGAGCUGGAGCUGCCAGUAGAAGGAGUCGUCAUGGUCAUGGCCAUGGACAGGGUCAGGCGACGGGACAGCAGCAGCAGCAGCACAACUACAGCAGCACGGAGAGCAUAGCCACAUCGAGCAGUGGCGGCAGCAUGGAAUCUUUGCGCUCGAGCACCAGCGAGGGAAACCGCAGCACCUCCAGCUCAGAGUCACGACACUCCAGCUCUCUUAGUUCGCACAGCUCGGAAAGCGGCAGCGGUGGCAGCGCUGGCUCCAGCGUGGCUUAUCCUUUGAGGCCGGCACCCCUGCUGCUGCACUCCAAGCUGCACAUCCUCAGCCCCAUCUCUGACAAGUCAUCGCAGGAGCCGGCCUCGGCCAGUGCCUCCGAGCAGUCACAGCAGCCGUCCCAGCUACAGCAACAGCAGGCGCCAGUGGCGGCGCCGGAGGAGGACUUAAUUGGUGUCUCGCAAACGGGUAGCCAGCAAGUAACCACCUCCAUGAAGCAGCAGCGUAACCGUGGAGCACCGAACAAGGCACUGCUUCAGCUGGCCGAUGAACUGCUUGGCUCCGACAGUGGCAUCUCGUUGCAUUCCCGGGAGGAGGGCAAACCACAGGCCUUGGCCCUGCAGCGGCUGACGUUGCCCAAGCUGCAGCUGAUUGGAGCAGAGGGUACUGUCUCUGGAGCCAGUGGAACUGGAGCUGUAGGAUCGACGGCAGCAGGUGGUGCAGCUAUUGGUAGUGGGACGGGAACCGGAGCUGCUGCCGGCGGCGGCGGUGUAACUGGUCUUCCCCAGGAUCUGCGCGACCUGCCCUUCGAUAUGCCCAAACUGAGGCGUCGCAAGACGUUGCAACAGGAGGCAGCCUGCACCUCGGGCAGUGCCACCUCUGUGGAUCUGGGCGAGCUACCCUUCGACAUGCCGAAGCUAAGGCGUCGUCUCAGGGCAAACCAGGCGGAGAUUAAUAACCUGCUGAUGCACAGCACCGAGUCCAGUGGCAUCUCGCAGGCCUCCUCCAGUCAUUCGAUGCGCGACGACCAGAAGCUGGCCAGCAAAUUGGACACGGCUCUAUUCCGGCAGAACCUCACCCUCAACCUGAACGAGUCACGGCAGGCCACCAAGCAGUUUGGCAGCCUGGAUCUGCGGGGUCUCAGCAGCACCAAGGAGCUGAACAUGAAUCUCAGUCAGGGCUAUGUAACAGCCGUGGAUCUAAUCGAUGUAACCAUUCCUCUAGAACGGCAGGGCUGGUAUCACGGCGCCAUAACUAGGAUUGAGGCGGAGACCACACUGCGUCCCCUGGCCGAGGGCUCGUUUCUCGUACGCAACUGCGAGUCCACCAAGCAGGACUACUCCCUGUCCCUCAAGGGCGCCAAGGGAUUCAUGCAUAUGCGGAUCCAACGCAACGAGACCGGACAGUACAUCCUGGGCCAGUUCAGUCGACCCUUCGAGACGGUGCCGGAGAUGAUCCGGCACUUUUGCCUGAACCGGCUGCCAGUCCGCGGUGCCGAGCACAUGUGUCUGAUCGAGCCGGUCAUUGUCCAGCUGCUCUAGGCGGGAUGAUCUGCCCCGGAUGGGGAUGGGUAUGGUUAGUGGGUAUUGGGGAUGAUGGAACCAAACAGAAUAACAUAUUAAUAGCGUGUAGAGGAACCUAGGAACCUAUGUGAACAGUGUAUGCACUAGUUAUUAUAUGCGAGAGAGAUACAUACAUUCAUACAUAGGUUUGUAAAAGCGAAAAAUUGCAAUUUUUCAUAUGUAUGUGUAUGUUUUUUUUUUUUAUU